GCACUCGUCUGUAAAAGGUUCGCCAUCACUGGACUAGGGUUACGGGUUUUCAGAAGAAAGACCACAGACAGAGGCCAAGUUCACAUCACCCUGUACCAUGGACACGUCCUGUGAAGAAGACCUAUCACUGUUGCUGUUAGUCACCUGGCUGAGCUUUCACAUCUGUAGAAUGGGGAAAACAGGAGCUAUUAGAAGGAUCCAUCAGAUUGCACGGGGAAAGAGUUCAGACUACAAAGUGGUGUCAAAAGAGGCCCUGGGAACUGAGUUUGAUUGAUCUGCUUCAGGAACUACAGAAUGGAAGAGUCCUUUCCUCCUCACCACUGCCGAAAUCACAGUGCAUGAAGACAGCCUUGGCCUCGGCAUCUCAGAUGGGACAGAAACUACCACUACAGUCUUGGAGCUGCAUGGUGGUAAAACACCUUGGCUUUGGAGCUGGCCUGUGACCCUGGGCGAGGUAUUGAAUCGGUGUGAACCUCACAGCUUUCAUGCGUGGAACGGAGGGAUGAUGACCUUGGCCCACCCCAAAAGGGACCUUCUGAUGCUGCUGGUGGCCUUGGGCCUGACCCAGGGGAACCCUGUGGAGCCUUUUCAGAGGCAGUUGGUGACCUGUACAUGUGAAAGCCCACACUGCAAGGAGACCACCUGCCAGGGGCUCUGGUGCACAGUGGUGCUGUUUCUGGAUCAGGAGGGUCACCGCCAGCAGUUCCAGGGCUGUGGGAGCCAGAAUGAGGAGCUCUGCUGGGGCCGUGCCACUGAGUUCGCCAACCAUUUCUGCUGCUCCCGCUCCUUCUGCAACCAAAAUGUCUCCCUGUCACUGGAGACUACCCAGGCUCCUCCGGAGCAGCCAAAAGCAGAUAGCCAGCUGCCUCUGAUCCUGGGCCCCGUGCUGGCCUUGCUGGUGCUGGUGGGCUUGGGUGCUCUGGGCCUGUGGCAUGUCCGGCGGAGGCAGGAGAAGCAGCGAGGCCUGUACAGCGACCUGGGUGACUCCAGCCUCGUCCUGAAAUCAUCUGAGCAGAGGGACAACAUGUUCGGGGAAUUCCUGGACAGCAGCUGUACCACAGGCAGUGGCUCAGGGCUCCCCUUCCUGGUGCAGCGGACGGUGGCACGCCAGGUCACCCUGGUGGAGUGUGUGGGAAAGGGCCGCUAUGGCGAGGUGUGGCGGGGCUUGUGGCAUGGUGAGAGUGUGGCUGUCAAGAUCUUCUCCUCGAGGGAUGAACAGUCCUGGUUCCGGGAGACCGAGAUCUACAACACAGUGUUGCUCAGACAUGACAACAUCCUAGGCUUCAUCGCCUCAGAUAUGACGUCCCGCAACUCCAGCACGCAGCUGUGGCUCAUCACGCACUACCACGAGCACGGCUCCCUCUAUGACUUCCUGCAGAGGCAGACUCUGGAGCCCCAGCUGGCCCUCAAGCUAGCUGUAUCCGCAGCAUGUGGCUUGGCGCACCUGCACAUGGAGAUCUUCGGCACCCAGGGCAAGCCAGCCAUUGCCCACCGUGACCUCAAGAGCCGCAAUGUGCUGGUCAAGAGCAACCUUCAGUGUUGCAUCGCAGACCUGGGCCUGGCUGUGAUGCACUCCCAGGGUAGCGAUUACCUGGACAUCGGCAACAACCCAAGAGUGGGCACCAAGCGGUACAUGGCACCUGAGGUGCUGGAUGAGCAGAUCCGCACUGACUGCUUCGAGUCCUACAAGUGGACCGACAUCUGGGCCUUCGGCCUGGUGCUGUGGGAAAUCACUCGGCGGACCAUUGUCAACGGUAUUGUGGAAGACUACAGGCCACCCUUCUAUGACAUGGUGCCCAAUGACCCCAGCUUUGAGGACAUGAAGAAAGUGGUGUGUAUCGACCAGCAGACUCCCACCAUCCCCAACCGGCUGGCUGUAGACCCGGUCCUCUCAGGCCUGGCUCAGAUGAUGCGGGAGUGCUGGUACCCUAACCCUUCUGCCCGCCUCACCGCGCUUCGCAUCAAGAAGACCCUACAGAAACUCAUCCAAGGCUCGGAGAAGCCCAAAGCGAUUCACUAGCCCAGGACUGCUGGACUCCCUCUGCCUGCAGGGUGAGGCAGCAGGGCAUGGUGGCCUAUCUUGGUAGAGGCAAUGUGUGUGUGUGUUGGAGGGGAUGCCCCACUCUGGGCAGCUGUGCCUGCCCAGCGGGGCCCCCAGCCCAUCCAGCCAAAAAUACAGCUGGGAUGAAAUCUGAUCCCCUCACUGUCUGGCCCACUCAAAGUGGCCGGCUCCCUGCCGCCUGGCUGUCUCCCCAUCCUCAUGCCAGCAGGGUGUGCCCCCUACCACUUCCAAGGCAGGACACAGAAGAGGCUUCAGAGCCAGGGAGGCCAAGCCAGGGAAUCCCAGUUUGGCCCCAGAGCCUGGUCCUGCAUUUUCCCCUGCCCUUGGUCAACCCCACUACCUGGCUAGAGCUGCCAGGGUGACAUAGGGCAUUGCCCAGCCCUCAGCAGGCACUGCCCUGCUAGGCCUCAGCCUCUGGGACAAGCCUCAGGUACCCAGGGCCACUCUCCAUGGCCUUAUAUCUAAGCUUCCUGUCUCCCGGACAAGACCCUAGCUAGCCAAAUGCCAGCUGCCUGGAAGAGCUGGGGCCUGACUCUGCUCUCCCUUCACCAUCCUGGCUGCCUUACUAGGGCAUUAAAACCCUAGGGGUCCUGCUGAGGGUGUGGCAGUGGAGAGGUGAUUGUUCAGACAGGUAAGGCCCAGGACUUUCCGAAUAACUGAAAGGGCAUCAGGCUAAGCACGGAGAGGAUGGGACGGGUGCAGCUGGAGUGGGAGUGAGGGACUCGGGUUUUGAUCCUAGGUACUUGCUCCAUGCCACCACAGUGGGGGCUUCCAUCUCAGGAUGUUUGUCUUUUCAUUGACACACUGCAGGAUUUGGACUGACAUCCCUUGAGGCCUCUCCAGCUCUGAUUUGCUUUGAGUGUCAGCCUGUGUGACCUAAAUUCACCAGUUUCACCUAUUCCUAUGCCUGCCCCCUAGCAAUAUGCCUCAAGGUGGUGUUUGAAAAUAACUACAUUGGAGUCCAGGAGGUCUGGAGCACCUCCUGGUCUAAUCCUGAAAGCUCCAGUUCUUGCCUUAAGCCAUGCCAGUGGCCAUCCUUGGCUCAGACAGCUCUGGGCCUUCUGAGGCUGAGGGUGGCUUCCCCUGGGGUCUCUAAGGCACAAAAGAAAUUCAGCUCCAGCCAAGAAGCCUACAGUACCCAGAUUUCUGCUCCCCACUGACCCUUACCCUGGCUCACACCCCUGGACAAGCCCUAGAGAAUGUCUCAGAACUUGGUGGUCCUAGAAAAACACACAGAAUAUCUGGCAUUUGGAUAUGUCCAGGGUAUUUGUCCAUCCACUGACAGGUGACCCUGGGCCCUGGUGGGGUUGGUGGGCUGGUGGGAGGUGGGUUGCAGGCAGCACUUGAGGGAAUGGGCUGGGGCUCAGGCUAAGGACAAGGACAGCAGAGAAGAAAUCUCAUGCCCCUUCCCACACAUACAGCCUCACCAGGCGGAUUUCUGGUGUGUCGUCCACCACCCCAUGUCAGCACUUUCCCAGGCCUGUCUCCCAGCAUUGUGCAAGGCCCAGAGGAGAACCAGGAAGCAAAACUGGGUGAAAAUAGAAAGCGACACAAGUUCCAGGAUCACUGGGACAAAGUUGGCAAUUUCUCUGAUCACUAGAAUCCACCCCAUUCAGGAAUCAAAGUUCCUGCCCGAAGGAUUCUAUCUCCAUUGGAUUUGAGAGCAAAGUCCUGAGACUCCGAGGGCAGAAACUGAAGGCAGCAGCUUCCCAAAGACUGGAAAAUCCCUAAAUGGAGAAGGUCUAGGGAGGAGGAGGGACAGGGGAAGGUGGAGGGAAGCCGUGGAAGAGAGCAGUCUGAAGAUGCUUCUGUGCCACCACAGGUGGUUUCCCAGGAUGGAAAUUACACUUUACUUACCCGGAGAGACUGUUUGUGGGAGCAUUUAGCCUGUGCCUACCACAUACUGUGUCCUCAAUAAACCAAGGUUGAACCCUGA